AACUUCUUUGCGGAGAAUGAGCAGCUUGCUUUCUGUCCUGCUAUCAUCGUUCCGGGGAUACACUACUCUGAUGACAAGCUGCUUCAAACACGUGUCUUCUCCUAUGCGGAUACUCAGAGACACCGUCUUGGACCUAACUACCUUCAGUUACCGGUCAAUGCUCCGAAAUGUGCUCACCACAACAACCACCAUGAGGGCUUCAUGAAUUUCAUGCACAGGGACGAGGAGGUUAACUACUUCCCUUCGAGGUACGACCCGGUUCGCCAUGCUGAGAAGUAUCCAACUCCACCAGCAGUCUGCUCUGGGAAGCGUGAGAGGUGUAUUAUUGAGAAAGAGAACAACUUCAAGGAGCCUGGAGAGAGAUACCGUUCUUUUACCCCAGAGAGGCAAGAACGUUUCAUCGGUCGAUGGAUUGAUGCUCUAUCAGACCCUCGCAUCACACAUGAAAUCCGCAACAUCUGGAUAUCUUACUGGUCUCAGGCUGAUAAGUCACUGGGACAGAAGCUGGCAAGCCGUCUGAACGUGAGACCAAGCAUCUAAAACGAGUGAACAAGAUUCUUGAUUGGUCGUUGUGUGGUUCUAAUAGGCAAGAGAAGAAAGAUGGGAAGAGAUCAGAUGUGCCAUGGUAUAAUCUUCAUCAUGUGGAUCUUGUGUGUUGUGUUGUAAUAUUAUUUGUUUUAUGACCAAAACAAAAACUUUUGUUCUGUUGUGUAACCUUGGUUUUGUCUCAUGUUGUUAUUCACAAAUAAUAAUACAUCAAAGAUUUUACAAUAAUAGUCGGUGUCAUUUGAUGA